AUGUCUACCCUCCAAUCAGCCAUCAAUGGGACCCGCGAUGCCGUGGCUGUAAUUGUGCCAUCCAAGCCCAGCCCUCUGAUGAUGACAUACAAGGACCUCCUGGCUGAGGUGCUGUCGUUCCAGCAGAAGCUUGCUGCCAUCGGCAUCACUCAUGGGUCCCCUGUGUCUAUCGCCACGGUUAACUCGUACGAAUUCAUCGUCUCUUUUCUCGCUGCUUCAUGGCAGCGUGGCAUUGCUGCACCGCUGAACCCAGCCUACAAGCAAGAGGAGUUUGAGUUCUAUAUUAAAGAUGUCAAGUCAGCUAUUGUUUUGGUUCCCAAGGGCGCCUACCAGAAAGGUGCGCCUGCCGUCAAGGCCGCCCAGAAGUUCAACGCUGCCAUCGCUGAGAGCUAUUGGGAUGACCAAAAGAAGGAGGUCGCGCUGGAUGUCAAGGAACUUGGGCAGUUGAAUGGCAAGGGGCAACAACCGCUGCUGAAGCCGCAGCCAGAUGACAUUGCCUUGGUCCUUCACACAAGUGGCACCACCUCUCGGCCCAAGGUUGUCCCUCUCUCCCACCGCAACCUGACCAGAACGAUGAGAAACAUCCAGCAAACAUACCAGUUGACUGACGCGGACCGGACCAUGCUGGUCAUGCCCCUCUUCCACGUCCACGGUCUCCUCUGCGGUCUCUUGGCUCCUCUUUUUUCCGGUGGUUCCAUGGUGGUGCCAAGCAAGUUCUCUGCUACUGAAUUCUGGCAAGAAUUCAUCACCCACAAGGCGAAUUGGUACACUGCUGUGCCUACCAUCCACCAGAUCCUUCUCAAGCACCCCACCCCGAAGCCCCUCCCAAAGAUCCGCUUUAUCCGGUCAUGCUCGUCUCCCCUUUCCCCGACAGUUUUCCAUGCUCUUGAGAAGACCUACAAUGCCCCCGUGCUCGAAGCGUAUGCCAUGACGGAGGCCGCUCAUCAAAUGACAUCUAAUCCUCUUCCUCCUGCAAAGAGAAAGCCCGGGACUGUGGGUAUCGGUCAGGGUGUUGAAGUCGUCAUUCUUGACGAUGCAGGAAACAAAGUGCCACAGGGCACUGAGGGAGAGAUUUCCAUUCGCGGCGAAAAUGUUACGUCUGGCUACCUCAACAACCCCGAAGCCAACAAGACUGCUUUUACAGCCAGUGGCUACUUCCGAACUGGCGACCAGGGUAAGCUGGAUGAGGAUGGCUAUGUCGUGAUCACAGGUCGUAUCAAGGAGCUCAUCAACAAGGGCGGCGAGAAGAUCUCGCCCAUCGAGUUGGACAAUGUUCUUACACGGAACCCAGCCGUCUCGGAAGCUGUGAGUUUCGCUAUUCCGGAUGAGAUGUAUGGCCAGGACAUUGGUGUUGCCAUCGUUCUCAAGCCGGGCCAGAAGUUGAGCGAUGAGGAUGUGAAGAAGUGGGUUGGGGACAAGCUGGCCAAGUUCAAGAUUCCCAAGAAGGUCUAUUUCACUGAUGUCAUGCCCAAGACUGCGACUGGCAAGAUCCAGAGACGCAUCGUAGCCGAGACCAUGCAAAAGAAGGAAGGGAGGGCGAAGUUGUAA